AUGUUAAAAGUGCCUCUUUUCUUUCCUUUUGUUAGCUCAGCCCUUUCCUGGCGAGACGUACAGCACAUUAUUGCGUGGACUGCAAGACAAGAUCCUGUUGCAAUCAAGAAAAGCUCAUGGACCGUUAAUAAGGCUAAUUUGAGUGGUUAGUUUAUCCCUUCUGAUCUUUAUAACAGCGUUAGCGUUUUUAUAUUAGUACUAAAUUAUAUUAUGUUAGUACAGCGAAUUGUUAAGCUAUACGUGCUACUGUUUCUGUUUUCAUUCAAAAAUGCUUUAUGACUUGUUUAAUGAUUUUGAAAAGACAAAAACGAAUGUCGAUUCAGUAAAAUAAAUGUAUCAGUACGGUAAUGAAACUGAUAACUGCGGUGAUGAUAGCAGAAGGAGUAUAUAUAAUCAUAAUAUUGAUAUAAUAAUGACGAUAAUAUUUAUUAACUUAUAUUCAACUCAAGACCAUUUUAACUGUACGUCAUAAUGUUUAACAAAUAAUGAAAACUUUAAGCUCUAGUUUUAACUCAAAACCCUAAACUUCCUUCCUAGUAAAAAUUCUAGAUAGAAAUCAGUACAGUGGAAUCCCGUUAAUACGGUCACCAAUGGGUCAUAAAAAUUUACCCGUACUAACGGGGUGGCCCUAUUACUCAGGGCAGGGUCAAAUUUAAUGACUUACGCCAGACGGAAUAACAUGCACAUGCACCAUGCAUCGCAUUCGCACUUCUUGAACAACUGUUCACUUUAAUGAACUACCGGAAUGGAGAUAUCGCGUACCGUAAUUCCAAAAACUAAAGUCAACUCCCGAUAACUCGAACCGUCAAGGGAAAUCGAAAAAGGUUCGAGUUAUCGGAAGCUCGAAAGAAACAGUUUUUACUGCAUAGUGAACAUUUUAAUCACAUUUAAUUGUAGAAACGUCAAGUGAAAAUUAAAAUAUACUUCUAGAUUAUAAAUCAGAACGUAACAUAACAAAACCUUGCUUAAUAGAGCAUGCAUUUUACUGUUUUGAGAAGUAAGUUAGAUUUGCGACAAACAACAUCAGCCUCCACUAGUAAACUAUAUACCUACAACACAUCAAUGGGAAAUUCAAAAUUCAAUGUUUCAACGCCAGUAGACUGUUUUUUCCCGACUUUUAAGGGUUCAAAACACGGUUCGAGUUAUCGAGGGUAAAAUUAUAUAGAAAUGAUCUGAGGGGAAACGGAUGACGGAAAUCCAGGGGUUGGUUCGAGUUAGCGAGGGUUUGAGUUAUCGGGAGUCAACUGUACUUGAAACUUUUCUUUAGUACAUAAAAUUAAAAAAAUCGACCAGCAACAAAUGCAUUUUGAGUGUACGGUGGUCUAAAAGCAAUACAAGAACAUGCUCAGCUAGGUCAGUGAAAUUGACAUAUCACAGGCAUUUUAAUUUUCUACAUUUCGAAGGCAUGGCCGUAUUAACGGGUUGAAAUUAGAAGGGAUUCUACCGUUUGGGAUUUAAAAAUGUGGACGUUGGUCGUAUUAACUGUUUAACCCAAAAACGAGGGGUCCUUUUUUAUAGGAAAAUGUGUGACCGUUUUGCCAGGCCAAAAAAUUUGCUGCACACUGUAAUAACGAGGUGACCGUCAGUUACCGAGGUGGUCGUAAGGCGGGUUUCUCUGUAAUGACAUUUUGAAACCCCUAAAUAUUAAUCAAUUAUUAUUAAUGAUUAAUGAAAAUAGGCAAGGAAAUGCCUUCUGGAACAAAUGUGUAUGAAGAGAAUCUGUAAAACGUACAGGUAUUAGCCGACAGUAGUAUUUCUAAUGUAAAGGGAAGAUUAUUCCAUUAUAAUUUAGCCACAGAGAAUGAUCGGUUAUCCAGCGUAGUAAAAGACUUUUAUGUUGGGAAGUUUAGAAUUAUGCUGUUAUUUGAUCUUAAACAAUAAUACUUCCCUUUUUUUCUUUCGUUACAUUUGUUGUUGUAUCUUUCCUCAGUUAAUGAUUAUGUUGGAUUUGGCUUUAUGGAUGCCACUAAGAUGGUCGAUGCAGCACUGAACUGGACAACUGUUCCUACAAAGGUUAACUGCACCAUUCCAGAUCCCCGUGGAAAUAGGUAGCGUACCUAGAACCUGACUCUUUUUCAUGCCUCGUAAUUAUCCACUCUCCCUAGAAGUGGGUGCAAUUACGAUUAUCAUUUAUGCCAGCAUUUUGACCUAUUUAAAAUUGACCAUAAAACAGUGUGGGUUCUUAUUAAAAACGUUUUUUCAAUAACUUAGUGUAUACUCGCCCAUAUUUAUUGAGAGCUAUUACUCAUAGGAGUAUUCGGAUCCUGAGUUAUAUUGCGUAUUUUUUUUAUUAUUUUAACCGCAGCGGGACUAGCUCAGUCGUUAGAGCGCUUGACUGUUGACCGAACUGGGCCGAACCAUUACUCAGAGUCAUAAGGUGGCUCGAUACAGUUUUUCAAUGUCAAUACCCCCCAAGUUUGAGCAUAAACUACGUCACCAUAAACAAAGAUUUGGAAAAAUUGCCACCACAGUUGUAUUAGAUAAAGAAGAGAAUUUCUUAUGAUCAGGGUUGCAAUGACAGAAAAUAGGGAAUAGCGUCAUUUCGUCGCUAGGUCAACUCCGAUGUCGUUGCAACCCUGAUCAUAACAAAUUUUCAUCUUUAUUUAUUGCAACUGUGGUGGCAAUUUUUCCAAAUCUUUGUUUAUGGUGACGUGGUUUAUGUUCAAACUUGGGAUUUAUUGACCCUGAAAAACUGUAUCGCGCCACCUUAAAAUAAUUGAGAAAUGAAGGUAAUGCCUUUGCCCUGCAAACGGCUAGACCUUCACGUGGCUCGGAUAACCACGUAAAAUGGUGGUCCCCUUCCCAGAAGGGGACAUAAAAAUAGUGUCCUCAAUUAGUACCUUUGUGCUAAAUACAUUGACACUCACAUAGGUGCAAUUUUUUUCACUGGCCCAGAAAGAGGUAAACUUAUAGAGUACUGUGCCGGAAGCGAAUGUGCAAACCGAUUUCUACCUUGUGUUCAGUAAUCAAACGUUUAAUAUGCUGUAUUGUAAACCAAACAAAGUGAUUGAUUUUCCAUUUUCUGUCUGAACAUAAAUGCAUGUGCUCCUUUUGAGGUCUACAAAAACUGCUGAAUGCACAAUUACGGGAAGUACUCUUUCUCUUGAAAUUCAUAUAUUCACCUUCAUAUCUUAGUCUUCUACGGGUACGUAUAUUAUACGAACUCACAAAGUGACCAGCUCCCAUUUGGUUUGGUUUCAUACCUCAGUCGCAACUGAGAUUAUCACAGAGGUCAUUGGAUCGGAUUCCGUUCUUAAGCCUGAACUUUUUUCAAGUUUCUUUUUCGCAACCACUUAAGUUUCGUACUUAACUGUUAUGAUCUUUUUCCCUUCUUUCUUUUCAUUUAAUCUUUCUGCUAAAUCUUUCUUUCGCAAUUCUAAUGUAUCAAAUUCUGAUACAUUUACUUUCAGAAUUGUUAGUAACGUCAUAAUUUUAUCUUUAAUUUACCUUUCUCUCUUUCUUUCUUCCUCUAUUUAUUCGCCUUUCAGUCCGAUAAUGUUUAACGAAUCACUUGAAGACACCAUCGAUCUAAGUACCUGGAACAGUAAAUGCUUUGGCGAGAAAAUCAACUACUUGGAACAUGUUGAGGUCUAUGUAAAUUUGACUUAUACACGGCGUGGGGACCUGUUAAUAAAACUCACAUCACCUCAAGGGACGGUUUCUAGUCUCACGCAUUAUAGGACCACCGACAGUCACUUUAAAAACACGGACUUUGAUUUUGUCUUUAUGACGUUGCACCACUGGGGGGAAAAUGCGGUUGGAAAAUGGAAAUUAACGCUGGAAAACUCGCGACCACAUCGUAAUAGUACAGGUUGGUUAUUAAUUUGUAACAAUCAACAAUUAUUGAAUUCGGCUUUAGUACGAUGUGAAGAAUUCACUGAGGCCUAUAACAGCCUCCAAGAUCUGCAUAAUUCUUCACAUCACACGAAAGCCGAAUUCAAUAAUUGUGUAUUACUCUUCAUUCAAAAUAUUUCUCCGUUUCUGAUUGGCUAAAAUUCCACGCACAAUUCAACAUAACCAGGUACUGGCGACCAAAUUUUGAAAAAUUUCGUGACAUGUGAGAAAUGACGUCAGUUGUGCAGCAUAAUUGUCAGAAAACUGAACAGUUAACCGAGAAGACCUGGGGACGCGGUUGAAUUGUUUUUGUAGUUAGAACAAAAUGGUGGAACAUUUCACUCGUUUCACGAGGAAGAAAUAGGCGAACUAUUGGCUAAAAACAGCAAGAACAGCAAGAAGAUAACUCGGCGGAAGACAUCUGCUGUUUGGAGAAUAUUUGCUAUUUGCAGUACUGAACAACUCUUUAUCUCCUAAACUUGCCGAUAAACAGGAUAAUGAACUUAACAUCGAUGGAGGUAAGUAUGUUUUAGCUUGUUUUUGAACUGGGAAUCAUUUUGAAUGAAUGAUAAAACUCUCGGAGGGUGUUAUCCAUCACGGCCUAAUCGGCCUCGACGGAUAACACCCUCCUCGAUCUCCAUAAUUCUUCAGAUGAUACUCAGCGUCGUUCAAAACACUCACGCACUUUCUAAAACAGUGCCGCGCGAUGUUUCAACAACCUCUCCAAGACCAUCACAACUCCACGGAGAGAGCCACCUUUGUACGCAAAGGCAAAGAACAUUACCUAGCCCUUAACAAGUCUAGCGUGUGACCACCUUUUCAUGUAAAUAGAUAUAUAUUUUCUUUUAGAGUUCUACCUUUUCCCAUAUUUUGUGGUUAGUGUUAAUAGUUAGUACUGUAGCAUAGAAGAGCCAUUUUUAUGGAAUGCUAAUAAAUCAUUAUUAUUAUUAUUAGUUGUUGUUGUUGUCGUUAUUAUUAUUAUUAUUAUUAUUAUUGUUAUUGUUAUUGUUAUUGUUAUUUAUUAUAUAAUUGUUCAAUAAUUAAGUUGAAUUUAAUUUUCCUGGCACUUUUUCUUCAAAGCCUUGGCCUACUUAUCGGCACAGUUUCAGCUAGGUUAAAAAACAGAUUUUUUUUCUUGCAGAUUCUCCUCAAAAAGUAGAUAAAAUCCAUCAAGCAAAAUGUUUUGCGUAUUCUUGCCACCACCACUUCGCUGAUUGAUUCAAUUAUUCACCGAAAUGGAAUUGAAAAAUUGUGAAUGACAAAUAACAGUGUCAUUUAUUUCUGUGUUUCUAAACAUUUUCAACCUCUUUUCGUUUCAUGUUAAGGAACACUUUUCAACUGGACGCUGUAUUUACAUGGUACAAAGGAGGAUCCGCUAGCUCAAAAUCCUCAUGUUCCUGUUCCAGUUUUUCCACAACCAACAACCCGAACGACAUCAAAAGCAAGUACAACAGACCUGACACCAGAGUCUACAAGUAAGACUCUUUAG